GAGCUCUCCGACUCCUCCCCGGCUCCUCGGCACUCCCACCUCGCCCGCUAGGCCCUCCACUCGGCGUCCCGGGGCCAGCUCCGCGCUCUGCGCCCUCACUGAGCGCAGCCCCUAGCGGCGCGUCCUGCGAGGCCGGGCUCCGCGCACCGCCCUUCCUCCUGCCCUCUCUCCUCCUCCUCCCCUCCCCGGUCCUGCGCGAUCCAGCUUGGGGAGGCGGGGAAGCUGCUCGAGCGUGACCGCCGCGGCAGCCAGUGUGUAGCCGCGGGCCGGAGGCGCGGUUCCUAGGCCUUAGAGCGCGGCGAGGCCCGUGGAGAGUCGGCGCUGCUCGCGGAGAGCUGCGAGGCCCGCCCCUACGCGUCGCGGAGGGCGCGGAGAGCCUUGCUGUUCAAAGAGGGGCCCGUAGACCAGCAACAUUGGCAUCACCUUAUUAGAAAUGCAGAAUCUUGGGCCUCACUCCAGACCUACUGAAUCAGAAUCUGCAUUAUAACACGAUUCUCAGGAUAUCCCUGGUGAUCUCAGAAGAGUCCGUAUCAUGGAAUCGAUCUCUAUGAUGGGAAGCCCCAAGAGCAUUAGCGAAACGUUUUUGCCUAAUGGCAUAAAUGGUAUCAAAGAUGCAAGGAAGGUCACUGUAGGUGUAAUUGGAAGUGGGGAUUUUGCUAAAUCCCUGACCAUUCGACUUAUUAGAUGUGGCUAUCAUGUGGUCAUAGGAAGCAGAAAUCCUAAGUUUGCUUCUGAAUUUUUUCCUCAUGUAGUAGAUGUUACUCACCAUGAAGAUGCUCUAAUAAAAACAAAUAUAAUAUUUGUUGCUAUACAUAGAGAACAUUACACCUCCCUGUGGGACCUGAGACAUCUGCUUGUGGGUAAAAUCCUGAUUGAUGUGAGCAAUAACAUGAGGAUAAACCAAUACCCAGAAUCCAAUGCAGAAUAUUUGGCUUCAUUAUUCCCGGACUCCUUGAUUGUGAAAGGAUUUAAUGUUAUCUCAGCUUGGGCACUUCAGUUAGGACCAAAGGAUGCCAGCCGACAAGUUUAUAUAUGCAGCAACAAUAUUCAAGCGCGACAACAGGUUAUUGAACUUGCCCGUCAGUUGAAUUUCAUUCCCGUUGACUUGGGAUCAUUAUCAUCAGCCAGGGAGAUUGAAAAUUUACCCCUGCGACUAUUUACUCUCUGGAGAGGGCCAGUGGUGGUAGCCAUAAGCCUGGCCACGUUUUUCUUUCUUUAUUCUUUUGUCAGAGAUGUGAUUUAUCCAUAUAUUAGAAACCAGCAGAGUGACUUUUACAAGAUUCCUAUUGAAAUUGUGAAUAAAACCUUGCCCAUAGUUGCCAUUACUUUGCUGUCCCUGGUGUACCUGGCAGGUCUCCUGGCAGCUGCCUAUCAGCUUUAUUAUGGCACCAAGUAUAGGAGAUUUCCACCUUGGUUGGAGACCUGGUUACAGUGUAGAAAACAGCUAGGAUUACUAAGCUUUUUCUUCGCUUCAGUCCACGUUGCCUACAGCCUCUGCUUACCAAUGAGAAGGUCAGAAAGAUACUUGUUUCUCAACAUGGCUUAUCAGCAGGUUCAUGCAAAUAUUGAAAACUCUUGGAACGAGGAAGAAGUUUGGAGAGUUGAAAUGUAUAUUUCCUUUGGUAUAAUGAGCCUUGGCUUACUUUCCCUCCUGGCGGUCACCUCCAUCCCUUCAGUGAGCAAUGCUUUAAACUGGAGGGAAUUCAGUUUCAUUCAGUCUACACUUGGCUAUGUUGCUCUGCUCAUAAGUACUUUCCAUGUUUUAAUUUAUGGAUGGAAACGAGCUUUUGAAGAAGAGUACUACAGAUUUUAUACACCACCAAACUUUGUUCUUGCUCUUGUUUUGCCCUCAAUUGUAAUUCUGGGUAAGAUCAUUUUACUCCUUCCAUGUAUAAGCCAAAAGCUAAAGAGAAUUAAAAAAGGCUGGGAAAAGAGCCAAUUUCUAGAAGAAGGUAUUGGAGGAGCAGUUCCUCAUCUCUCACCAGAGAGGGUUACAGUAAUGUGAUGAUAAAUGGUGCUCCCUGAUGCCAUAUAAAGUUCUCCUCAUGCCAUUAUUUUUAUGACUUCCUUUAUCUUCAGUUGCAAGUGCACUGUCAAACUGCUAUGGGCUGAUACCUCUUCAGUGAAAUCUCAGCUGAAUUAGUGGUAGAAUUUUCUUCAAAUUUAUUUUCACUAAUGUCACAUUUUGCCAAUAUGAGUUUUUAUAGUCAACUUGUUGUUGAAAUGUAGGUUUGUUUUGUUUUGUACAAUCGUAAGGCUAUUGUUAUUUUAACAAACUUUAUUCCAUAAUCAGGCAGAAAUAUUUGUAGUUAAUAAUAUAGAUACAACAUAAUGUUAAAAAACUUUGCACACCAGCAGAACUUUAAGGGUUUUUUUGGGUUUUUUUGUGGUACGCGGGCCUCUCACUGUUGUGGCCUCUCCCGUUGCGGAGCACAGGCUCCGGACGCACAGGCUCAGCGGCCAUGGCUCACGGGCCCAGCCGCUCCGCGGCAUGUGGGAUCUUCCCGGACCGGGGCACGAACCCGUGUCCCCUACGUCGGCAGGCAGACUCUCAACCACUGCGCCACCAGAGAAGCCCAGAACUUUAAGUUUUAAUAUAAUUCAAUAGAUAUAUUUCUUUUCUGAAGCUUCAGUAAGGUUUUAAUUGUUAUCUAGCUUAAGAAAUAGAAAUGCAUAACCAUGCAUUAUUUUUAAGAAAGGGCACAUUACAUUAGCAUCUAGGAAAGGGUGCAUGGUUAAAAUCCCUGUAUUUCUUUCAUAAGAUCGGGUUUGAAGAAUGUAAUCAAUUGUAUGAACCAAUGUGAUUUAUAAACAAACACAAAUUAAAGAGACAAACUGAACUUGAAAUUAUGUUUAAAAUGCAUUGGAGACAUGAACUAUAUACUGAUAAUGUGUACCUCAUGAAAGAUUUUAUUCUUUACCUUGUUACAGAGCAGUUUUAUUUGCAUAUUAAUAUACUGAUCAGGGAGAAGACAGUAACAUCUGGCCUCCAAAACUGAUCUUUCUCACCUAGUACCAAUCUUGGGAAUCUUAUAAUUGUUUCUAGUUAGAGGGAAAGUGUUAUGUUUACACACAAGGAGUUGUCAGCUGAUCUAUGCUGUUGCACCUUAGCCAGUCAUACUCCAAAUGGUACAGGAUUUACUGACAUUCAUGGAUGGAUUAUAACCUGCCAGGCACUGUUCUAAGCACUUUACUUGUAUUUUCCCAUUCAGUACUUACAACAACCCCAUGACAGAGGUAGUUAUUUUCCUCAUUUUACAUAUAAGGAUACUGGAGCAUAGAAAAGUUGCCCAAGGUCAUGCAGUUAGUGAGUGGCAGAGUCAGCAUUCAAGUCCAGGCAGUCAUAUUUCAGAGGCUACAGUUUUAGCCGCUAGGCUGUAUGGCCCCUGCCCCAUCCCCAUGCAUACCAAUCUAGAUGCUUCCUCUUUGAUAUAAAGGCACUGACAUUCUUUACAGUGCGUUGUGGGUGUCAAAAGAUAUAUGAAAAUAGUAAAAUCAUAAAUUUAUCAUUGCCUGUGGGAUAAUCCACACUUACCCUAGGAGAGGAUCUUGCCUGGGACAGGACCCGGGAGAUCCAUGGCAGUCCAUAGGCCUCCCUGUGCAGUGAGGGACUACAGCAGAUAGGACCACAGCAGUUUUAAUGAAUGGCUGAGGUCCUACAGAAUCUUAAAAAGUCCCUGUAGAGUUGGUCAUCUCUUUUUCUCUUCUUGAGAAGUCCUCCUGCCUGCUCAGCCACUAAUUAGGGAGCAGUUUGCAAGCAUGAAGGAUAUUUAGAUAAGCAGUUAAUUAUAAAUGUACUCUAGAGACAUAGAAUCAUACAGAUUAUUCAUGAAAGUUUUCAGUGCUGACAUUCCACAUUAAAAUUGCAUUUUGUUCAUACUUUGGUUAGAAAGCCCUAUGUUUUUUUUCCGUUUGCUCUUUCCUUAUUAAAAUAGAAAGUUGCAGACAGAUACAAUUAUAUGUAUUCCUCUUCCUGAAAUUAUAACAUUUUUAAACUUACCCAGUAAGGUUCUACUGAAUCCAGCUGCCAAAGAUAAAUGGACUUUUACUUAGUGGAGGCUACCUUUCCCACCAAUGGCUCUUUCCCUAGUACCGCAUCACGUCAGUUUCGUAAACUACUCAUGAUUCUCUGAUGUCCUCUUGCUGAAUUUUAGUAGCUUGCACUUUUUACUUGAGUUUUUCUUUUUUCUUUAUUUUAAUUAUAUUCUUUCCCUCUUGAUAAUCAUUUACUUGUUAGUUCUCAGUAGGGAUUCAGUUGGGUGAUAACUUAAACACCUAUAAACUAUAUAGUGGACUAGUGAAAUUAAGAGCAUAUUUUUAAUAUUUUCUUGUUCCUAUAGUUCCACUCCCUUAAGCCCAUACUUGCACCAGUUAACGUGAAAAUACAAUGAAAUAUUUUUAAAAGUUAGAUGACUACUGAAGUAUAUUGUUGCAUGUAUAUAUUAAUUAGCCAAUAAGAUAAAUAAAAUUAUCACUAUUACAGAUAAGUGGGGCCUUUGAAAAUAUGAAAAAACAAAGUUUAUGAAAAUGUAUAUAAGAUGUAACAGUUGUUUGAAAUGGUGAUAUCUCCUUUUCAGUACUACAAAGAGGAAAUAGUUUUGAAGUUUUAGAAUAAAUAUCAUAUAGUCAUUAUAAUUCUAAGUGUUCAGAAGCUUUUCUAAAAAUGCAAAAAAAUAUUGACUUUUAACUGCUUUACUUAAAUGACUUUUAAUUGCUUUAUUUUACUAUUUCCUACCUGAUUAUUUUUCUUAAUCAUUAUUUCUCAUAAUCAUUCUUUAAAAAUCAUUACUCUGGCCUCAGAAGUAGGACUGAAUUCUGCUCUUGCUAGAUGUGAGAAAGUAGUGGGAACUUUAAAGUAGUGGGAUUUUUUUGUUUCCUUAACUGUAUUUUGAGAAGCGCCCCUGAGAAAAUUAUAAGAAUGUAGAAAAUAUACCUAGUUUUAAUUCUAUGCAAAAUAAUUAAGUAAUUUUUUUCCUAAGAGGAAAUUAAUCAUUGACUGAAUCAUGCUACCUAGCUUUUGUGUGCAGAUUCCAUGUCUCCUCUAUUAAGAAUAUUUUAAAUCAUGUUUAAAUAAGAAUAUAUUCAUGCUAGCAUAUAUUUUUCGAAGCAUAUAUGGAAAUUAGCCUAGACUGUCUACAUGCAGAGAUUUUUAUUUAAAUUUUAAAAUAUUUUAAAGUAUGAAUAAAUUAUAUUUAUAGGUAUUUAUCAGAGAGGAAUAUUUUGUGCUACAUAUGGGAUUGGUUAAUGAGCUCCAGUGUUAAACUACCUGAUUAAUUUCUUAAAAUUAGCAUAAUCUUGGGUUGAUUAAGGAAUUUUACUUUUAAAAUUAAUUUGAUAAUAGUAACUCAAUGUAUAUUAAUCCUUACAGUCAAAUUAUGAAAAUUAUUUGUGUAAAAGGGCUUUUAAGAAUAUAUCAUAUCCAAUUUUUUUUAUUGUUUAUCUCUUAUGUAACAUGUAAAAGUCUUAAUUCUUUUUAAUUGCCUUUUGCCAUUAAACUAUUUCAUAAUAAAUUCUCUACAGAGAGGUUUCCCCUCCAAAAAAGUUUCAUUUGUGAAAGUUAAAGAUUCUUAUGUGAUGUUUUAAAUAAAGUACCAUCAAUGUAACUUAUAAAUAUUUCUUUAGGAGUAUUAUGAACACUGAAACUGUGUCAGUCUAUAAAAUCUCUGUUUUGAAAUAAGUAUUUAAACAGCCUAAAAUGUCAUGUUGAAAUUAUUUUGUAAAUUCAUGACUUAAAGCACACAUAGUAUAAUAACCUGAGUCUAGUGUUAAGAUUUAUAUUUGCGAUGUGUUGUCAUGAAAAUGAGCUGCUCCAUCCUCAGCUGUUCAUAAGUCAGUAAAGCAAAUUCUGAUACAUCUUCAGUAUAUGUAAUUGCUCUAAAUGAGUAUAUGUAAUUGCUCUAAAUGACACUGUAAUAAUUUUAGUGGAAACACAAUUUGUUCAUACCUUUGAACAGUGAAUUUUAUAGGGAUGAAUAGGUUCUUCAGUUUUUUUUAAGUGCAAGAAAACUAUAAAGUGCUAAUAUUCAGAGAUUGUCUAUAUGAUACCAAAAAACAUUUAGCUCAGCUUAACACAUGUACACACAGUAGUCCCCCCCUUCCCAUAGUUUCAUUUUCUGUGAUUUCAGUUACUCACAAUUAGCCAUGGUCUGAAAAUAUUAAAUGGAAAAUUCCAAAAAUAAACAAUGAAUAACUUUUAAAUUAUGUGCCAUUCUGAGUAGCUUGGUAAAAUCUCGGGCGUUUCUGCUCCAUCCCACCCACCUGGGAGGUGAAUUAUCCCUCUGUUCAGUGUAUCCUUUCCCUUAGUCACUUAGUAGCAGACUUGGUUAUCAGAUCGACUGUUGUGGUAUCACAGUGCUUGUAACCCUUAUUUUACCUAAUAAUGGUCGCAAAGUACAAGAGUAGUGAGGCUAGCAAUUCAGAUAUGCCAAAGAGAAGCUGUAAAGUGCUUCCUCUAAAUGAAAAGGUGAAAGUUUUUGACUUAAUAAGAAAAAAAAAAUUGUAUGCUGAGGUUGCUAUUUAUGGUAAGAAAGAUUCUUCUAUCCAUGAAAUUAUGAAGAAGGAAAAAGAAAUUCAAGCUAGUUUUGCAUUGGACCUCAUGCUGCAAAAGUUACAGCCACAGUGUGUGACAAGUGCUUAAUUAAGAUGGAAAAGGCAUUAAAUCUGUACAAUAAGAUAUUUUGAGAGAGAGCGAGACCACAUUCACAUAACUUUUACUACAGUAUAUUGUUAUAAUUUUUCUAUUUUAUUAUUAGUUGUUGUUAGUCUCUUACUGUGCCUAAUUUAUAAAUUAAACUUUGUCACAGAUAUGUAUGUAUAGGAAAAAACAUAUGUAUGUAUAUAUAGGGUUUGGUACUAUCUCUGGUUUCAGGCAUCCACUGGGGGGUCUUGAAACAUAUCCCCUGUGGAUAAGGGGGGUGCAGACUACUGUACUCAGAUUUUUUUAACUUUCCAAAUCAUUGGAUUAGCAACAUACAGUCAUCCAAAAUUAGGGCAGACUAUUUAGAUUCUCCUAAUGGCUAGAUGGGCUAAAUUAAAUUACCAAUGCAGGUUCUUUCUUUAUGAUUUCCAAAUUGCCACCUCCAAGGAAGAUUCUCUUAGGAUUUUCUUUAAAGGUCUUUCAUAGCUUUACAGAUAUCCAGCCUGAAUGGGGACUGGAAGUUGUCUCUCAAUGUCUAGUUACCCUACUUUAAAAGCUGUUGCCCAUUACAUUCCUCAACUGCCCUUGCCAUUAGGUGUUCCUGUGUGACUGACUGUUGGCCAGCGAGAUGUAGGGGUACAAAUGAGUGACUUCUUGGAAGUCUCUUCAAAGAAAAGCAGCAUGUGUUCCUUUAUCUUAUUCCUCCAUCUUCCUGCCAAACUGUGAUAUAGCAGGAGCCCUUGCAAAUAUCCAAGUAGACCAAGGCCUAAGGACGACAUGUUAGAAACUAAAAAGAUCUUGACUACUUCACUACUUCAACUGCCUUUUCCUCUGUUUAAGCCAUUGUCAAUUUGGGUUUCUUUUUAUGAAAUCAAAACUAAUCCAUUCUGGCCUUCAGUUCUUUAUCACGAUGCCGUUUAACACUGUUUGAAUCAACUAGAUUGCAAUAAUUCUUACCUUUAAAAGUUUUUAAAGGAUAAUGUGCAAUUCACAUUAGAAUUGAUUUUCCAUUGUUAAUUAAUUAUACUCAUUUUCCUGCCUUGACCUUUCAUUAGGUAUUUUAUAUCUGCUUGGAAAAUGCUGUCUUCUUUAUAACUGUGUAAUAGAUAUUUGCUAAAACUCUGUAAUCUGUAAAAUAUUGUUAUCAAAUUUUAUGCCAUGUUUUUAUAUCAUUCUCAUAGAUCUGCCUUAUAAACAUCUAAAUAAAAAAGUACUGUUUAAUGUGA